GCUUUCACUCAGAUAACGCCUUCGAAGAUAAAACGGCAGCCCGAAAUUCAGAAUCCAAAAAGCGAAAGAUAAGAGGAUUCUCGUCUCCAUUGCCAUUGUUUGAGACGACACUGCUCAUCUCUCAAACAACUUGCCGUCUAUUCGAAACUCUUCAAAAAAUAUUGCCCCGCUGCCCAAUCCCAGCUUGAGGACAGCUGAUUAUCUACCGCCAUAAUGCUUUUCUUUAGCUUCUUCAAGACACUUAUCGACCAUGAGGUCACCGUGGAGCUCAAAAAUGAUAUCCAGCUCAAGGGGAUUCUGAAGAGCGUGGACCAGUACCUGAACAUCAAGCUGGAUGACAUUCAAGUUGUAGAGGAGCUAAAAUACCCUCACCUGAGCUCUGUAAAGAACGUUUUCAUUCGUGGAUCUGUCGUUCGAUAUGUCCACCUGCCAGCGGCAUCAGUCGAUACCCAGCUGCUAGAGGAUGCCACACGGAGAGAAGCUGCUGCUCAGCAAGCCAAGGCAAAAUAAUAGAUCUUGGUAUAGGCGCGUAUUUACCAGCUAAGCAAGAGAUGGUUGGCGUUUGCAUACGAUAAAUCAUGUAUUCUGGAUCGGAGCAUCGGAGAAUGGUAAUAUUUACACACUUUAUGGUGCAGGAUCGCCGGGCUUGUUGCAAGUAUAAAGCAGUCAUUUGGCGUUCCUCAUGACAUGGGCAUGGGCAUGGGCCAUCAGAAUUUCUCCUGGCAUCAUUUUUGGACGUUUUAAUAAAAAUUUUAUGAUAUCCAAGUCU